AUGGUUCCUCCUCCUGCUGAACUCCGCAGAAAGUUGGUUAUUGUCGGUGACGGUGCCUGCGGUAAGACCUGUUUGUUGAUUGUCUUUUCCAAGGGAACGUUCCCAGAAGUUUAUGUUCCCACAGUGUUUGAAAAUUACGUUGCUGAUGUUGAGAUUGAUGGCACUGUAGUUGAAUUAGCCCUUUGGGAUACAGCUGGCCAGGAAGAUUACGACAGAUUGAGACCCUUGUCCUACCCAGACUCCAACGUCAUCUUGAUCUGUUUCUCUGUUGAUUCGCCAGAUUCGUUGGAUAACGUUUUAGAAAAGUGGAUUUCUGAGGUGUUGCACUUCUGCCAAGGUGUCCCUAUCAUUUUGGUUUGUUGUAAGGCUGACUUGAGAAACGAUCCUAAUGUCAUUGAGCAAUUGAGACAACACCAACAACAACCAGUUUCGACCUCCGAGGGCCAAUCAGUAGCUGAAAAGAUUGGUGCCUAUUCCUACUUGGAAUGUUCUGCCAGAACCGGCCAGGGAGUGAGAGAAGUGUUUGAAACUGCCACUAGAGCCUCCUUGAGCAGAAAGGAAAAGAAGACAAAGAAGAAGAAGUGUGUUGUCUUGUAA